GACAUACUAGUGCGCGCUCCCUGGCGUGACGCCAGCGUCCCUUGCCUCUGCGACCGCGUCUUCUUUGGAAGCGCCGAGCUGGCCGGGCAGGCCACCCUGGGUGACCUCGGAGUGGCCGACGGCGACAGGCUGACUCUCGUGGCUUCCCAGCUGCCGCCAGUUGUUACCAUGGCCAUGACAGGGGUGGUCAAGAUCUGGGACACUGCCUCGGGCAAAUGCUUGCGCGUGUUGAAGGGCCACGAGAAAGGGGUGUACUCGGUCACAUUCUCUCCGGAUGGCAUCAUGUUGGCCACUGCCUCUCUCGACGGUUCGGCCAAGUUGUGGAGCGCAGGGACAGGCGAGUGUCUGGGGACACUGCAGGGCCACAGCUGUUCUGUGUACUCCAUCGCGUUCUCUCCUGAUGGCCAAGCGGUUGCCACAUCGUCCGCGGAUGCCACGGCUAAGGUCUGGAGCUCUUGCACAGGCGACUGCCUGCAGACGCUGCAGGGCCAUGCCUCGGCCGUGGUCUCCGCCAUCUUCUCCCCGGAUGGCCAGGUCAUCGCCACCACCUCCAGAGAUGGAACAGCAAAGAUAUGGGCCACCAGCUCGGCCGAGUGUCUGCACACGCUGCAGGGCCAUCGGGGAUCUGUGAGCUCGCCCGUCUUCUCCGCUGACGGCUGCAUGCUUGCCACCGCCUCCGUCGACGGUACGGCGAAAAUAUGGUCCUCCAGCUCGGGCCAGUGCUUGUGGACGCUCCUUGGACACAGUGCCUUCGUGAAGUCAGUCGCGCUCUCUCCGAACGGUCAGGCCGCAGUCACUGCCUCUGGAGACGGCACGGCGAAGAUCUGGAGCACAAGCUCUGGCAGGUGCCUGCGCACACUGCGGGAGGACAGACGCUCCAUGAUGACGUCCGCUCAGUUCUCGCCCGACGGUGGGGCAGUGGUCACGGCCUCCACGAGCGGGAGCGCGAAGAUCUGGGCCGCCGACUCAGGGAGGUGCCUGCGCACGCUCCAGAAGUCCCCGCACGAGGUGGACUGUGCCGCGUUUUCCCCGGACGGUCAGGCCGUGGUCACUGCCUCCAGGGACGGCCUCGCGCGGCUUUGGGGCGUGAGCUCGGAGGGGUGCUCGCGUACCCUGGAGGCCAACGCCAAGUGCGACGUGGUGCUCGCUGCCUUCUCUCCCUCGUGGUGA